GGAACAGUCCAUUUAAAUCUCUGCGUGAACCGUUCGAAUUAUUCUCACUCUUCCAGCGACUUCGUAGUAGUUGAGUCGAUAAACCUGUCCAAGUCUCGACGUUUCCGUUGAAGUUUACCACGACGAGAACAUGCGUGAGUGCAUCUCUGUCCACGUUGGUCAGGCGGGCGUUCAGAUUGGGAACGCCUGCUGGGAACUCUACUGCCUUGAGCACGGGAUCCAGCCGGACGGCCAGAUGCCGUGCGACAAGACCAUCGGAGGAGGAGACGACUCCUUCAACACCUUCUUCAGUGAGACCGGGGCGGGAAAGCACGUCCCCAGAGCGGUCUUUGUGGACCUGGAGCCCACUGUUAUCGAUGAAGUGCGCAGCGGCACCUACCGCCAGCUGUUCCACCCCGAGCAGCUGAUCACCGGGAAGGAGGACGCUGCUAACAACUACGCCCGGGGUCACUACACCAUCGGAAAGGAGAUCAUUGACCCUGUUCUGGACAGGAUCCGCAAACUGGCAGACCAGUGCACCGGGCUUCAGGGCUUCCUGGUCUUCCACAGCUUCGGUGGAGGAACCGGCUCUGGUUUCACCUCCCUGCUGAUGGAGCGCCUGUCUGUGGAUUAUGGCAAGAAGUCCAAGCUGGAGUUCGCCGUCUACCCGGCCCCUCAGGUCUCCACGGCCGUGGUGGAGCCCUACAACGCCAUCCUCACCACCCACACCACCCUGGAGCACUCGGACUGCGCCUUCAUGGUUGACAACGAGGCCAUCUACGACAUCUGCCGCAGGAACCUGGACAUCGGGCGUCCCACCUACACCAACCUGAACAGGCUGAUCAGCCAGAUCGUGUCCUCCAUCACCGCGUCCCUUCGCUUCGACGGCGCUCUGAACGUGGACCUGACGGAGUUCCAGACCAACCUGGUGCCGUACCCCCGCAUCCACUUCCCCCUGGCCACCUACGCCCCGGUCAUCUCCGCCGAGAAGGCGUACCACGAGCAGCUCACCGUGGCCGAGAUCACCAACUCCUGCUUCGAUUCGGCCAACCAGAUGGUGAAGUGCGACCCUCGCCACGGCAAGUACAUGGCCUGCUGCCUGCUGUACCGCGGCGACGUGGUGCCCAAAGACGUCAACGCCGCCAUCGCCGCCAUUAAAACCAAGCGCACCAUCCAGUUUGUGGACUGGUGUCCCACCGGCUUCAAGGUGGGCAUCAACUACCAGCCUCCCACCGUGGUUCCUGGAGGAGACCUGGCCAAGGUGCAGAGGGCCGUGUGCAUGCUGAGCAACACCACCGCCAUCGCCGAGGCCUGGGCCCGGCUCGACCACAAGUUUGACCUCAUGUACGCCAAGAGGGCCUUCGUCCACUGGUACGUGGGCGAAGGCAUGGAGGAGGGGGAGUUCUCAGAGGCCAGGGAAGACAUGGCCGCCUUGGAGAAGGAUUACGAGGAGGUGGGAGUCGACUCGAUCGAAGGUGAAGACGAAGAGGGGGAGGAAUACUAGACCCAGCAGUGAGCCCAAAGUUUCCAUGUUCCAUUCCACCCAUUCUCCCACAGUUUCUUCGAUUUAGAUUUUACAGCACGGCCACAGGCUCCGCAAUGUGUCCUGCUUUGUCUCCUUGGCUUCAUUUAAUUUGUUGAUGAGUGGAGUUGUUUUAAAACCUGAUCUGUUCAGAUGGUGGAAAUAAAGUUAAAGUGCAAGAAA